CAUCAUCGCACAAAAGGAUGUUUUCGCUGACAUUUUGCGCUAGAGCUAAAGCAGGUUAGCCCAUAGUGUGUGUAUGAGAAGGCGGUGAUAGAGAUAAACUGAGAGGCGGAGGACAAGGAACUAUAGUGGAAUAGCGUGUGCACCGCAGAAGAAAUCUCUUGUGCAUUUGUACGAUUCGUAGCAGCGAAGACCUUGGGUUGAGACGGUAUUCUUUUACCAUGGCUGCAGGACUUCCUCGAAGAAUUAUCAAGGAGACCCAGCGGUUGAUGCAGGAGCCUGUUCCAGGGAUCAGUGCUGUCCCCGAUGAGAGCAAUGCGAGGUACUUUCACGUCGUUGUUGCAGGACCAGAAGGCAGUCCAUUUGAAGGAGGCAUGUUCAAACUAGAGCUAUUUCUACCUGAGGAAUAUCCAAUGUCAGCACCAAAAGUGCGCUUCAUGACAAAGAUCUACCAUCCGAACAUCGACAAACUCGGGCGUAUUUGUCUCGACAUUCUAAAAGACAAGUGGAGUCCGGCUCUGCAAAUUCGCACUGUUUUAUUAUCAAUCCAGGCGUUAUUGUCUGCCCCCAAUCCAGAUGACCCGUUAGCCAACGAUGUUGCCGACCAGUGGAAGGUCAACGAGGCAGAAGCCAUUCGUACAGCUCGCGAAUGGACCCGGCUGUACGCUAUGAAUACGAGUUCUUAAAAUCAAACGGAAUAUAUUUAGAGCGCCGGUAGAGUUUAUUUACCAUAUUAUCAUUUGCUGCGCCGCUGGUAUCGUGGUGAAAUGUUUGUGAAACCAAUUUCCAAGUGAAUGAAAAAGGUAUACGUGCGGGAAAGACGAGGACAGUGAUUCGUCCGCUUAGAUCAGUGUGGUGAACAUCGCCUGGAAACUAGACUGUCUAUAUGGUCAUUUUUAUGCUUAUUAUAUAUACAUUAUGAAGGUUUCAACUGGAUACUUGAUAGAAAUCAAAGAAGGCACAGAUAAACAACAAAAUGAGGAACGAACUUGACGCCGAGGUAGUAUUCAAUGGUUACAGGACUACGUAAUGAAAAUACGGUUAAACAGUGGCCGAAUUGUGGCUACUGGCUGACUCAUUUUUUUGGAUCGCCACGACCAUCAAGAUCCGUUUGGUGGUAUAAUAUUAGGUGCCUGUGUCUUGAAUCAGCGGACGGAGCUGUUAAUGGAUGCGGAUGAGAAUAGUAUAAGCACCGAACAAAAUUACCGAGGCGUCGCGUGGUUGUACAUAGAUUAAGAAUAUUAUUAAGAAAAUAAAAUGAAUAAUAAUGUUAUUAAAAGCAGAGCACGAUAGGCGACACAGACCGAAUGGCAACAAGUAGACAAGUUUUCUUUGAAAAGAAUAAAAAGAAGAAAACGAAAUAAAUCGAAGAAAUCUUGC